AUGGUGAAGUGUCAUGGUGAAAUUGAACCCCCUAGUCCUAGUAGUUCUAUUGAUCAGUCAGAUGAUGAAGAGGAAGAAGAAGAAGAAAUUAGCUACAAUGAUCUCAAGAAACGCAUGUGGAAGGACCGGAUACGUCUGGAAAAGAUCAUGGCGCAGAGAGAAAGAUUGGAGCCAGAAUCAAAGCCCAAUCAAGAACAGUUAAGAAAGAAAAUAAUGUCUAGAGCCCAGCACGAAAUUCUCAAGUACAUGGUGAAGAUUAUGGAGGUUUGUAAUGCACAAGGCUUUGUUUAUGGGAUUAUACCGGAGAAGGGGAAGCCGGUCACUGGCUCAUCGGAUAGUUUAAAGGAGUGGUGGAAAGAAAAAGUGUCGUUUGAUAAACAUGCUCCGGUAGCCAUUGCUGAAUUCUUGCAAAAGAUUGUAAAGCAAGGCAAUUUGGAUCCAAUUUCUUACGUGCAUCUACUUCAAGAAUUGCGAGAUACUACUUUAGGUUCAAUUCUUUCUGCCCUAAUGCAAUACUGUGUCCCUCCACAAAGGAGGUUCCCUUUGGAAAUAGGGUUAUCUCCCCCUUGGUGGCCUAAAGGAAAUGAAGUUUGGUGGGGGGAUCAAGGGGUGGUAGCACAAGAACAAGGUGUACCACCUUAUAAAAAGCCUCAUGACCUUAAAAAGGCUUGGAAAGUGAGUGUUUUGGCGGCAAUUAUUAAGCACAUGUAUCCCAAUAUGGAUAGAUUGAGAAGGCUAGUGAAUCAGUCCAAAUCCUUACAACAUAAGAUGACAGUUACGGAAACUACAACUUGGUCCAGAGUUGUUAAUCAAGAAGAAGCCCUUUUGAAACUUACUGAGAAAGCACUUAAAAUCUCACCCUCCAAAGAAGAAGAAGAAAACAAAGAGAUUGCAGAAUUGUUAGAUGGGAGCAAUCAAAAAAGGAAGUUCGAGUCCGAAAGUGAGGAGCCAGCGGCUACUCUAUAUGCUUGCCAAAACUCAGAAUGCCCACAGAGUGAAUUGGAGUUUGGUUCGGAAUACAAGAAAUCCAGGACUGAUCAUGAGGCUACGUGUAGUUACAGUAAAGAUGAUUUAUUUGCUGUAAUUAAUCAAGAAAUUGUUGAUGAGAAUCAAGAAGGGGUAAUUACAAGGCAGGAGGCUAGCCUAAAUGACUGGAUUAAUAUGUUGUUGGAGAAGGGAAAUGCUAAUUUGGAUGAGCAGAGUAAUGAAUUUGUUGGAGAGACGAUUUCUAGUGCAAUUGGAAAUUAUGGAAAUUACUGGGGAGAAAAUAUUAUUGAACAGUUUCAUUUGGAUCCUACCUAUGGCAAUGUGGAUUUGGAGCAGAUUUUACAUGAAGAAGGUGCAAUCUCUAUUUGGGAUUUAGCAUAUCAGAAAACUGAAGAUUAA